AUGUGUGCCGGGGACAUGUCACACCAGGAAUUUGCGAAAAAGUUGCUAGGCAAAAAACGGAAGGAUUUUGAGGCGCACGAUGAUAACGAUUUGCCGUGUAAUCGCAUGUUAUUGAAUAUGGCGAACUCUCAGAAGCAUCGAUCGGUGCGCAGGGAGAGAGGAUUUAUCAUCGUAUAUCAGGACAGCGCGCUCGAGAUUACUCCUGAGACGUUUCAAAUCCUUCAUUUUCAACCAAAAAGUCAUGAGAUGUUUUCAGAUUACGGAAUCGUUGUCAAGGAGAACAUGGAUGACCGUGGCGGAGAGAGGCUACGCAUCGUAUCCGAGUUAAUGAUGAUGUCAGGCACCGCCUUUUCAACCGCAAUGGAAAAGGAAAGCUUGACCCAGAAUUCCGUUGAGGCUUAUCGCAAGAGACGAUCGGCCGAACAGCAUCCGUAUAUGGAAAGGGAGAAGGACAAUAGAAAGAAUAGGAAGAAUAGGAGGGAAGCACCGGAAGUGGUAACAAGAAAGAAUGGCACUCGAUUAACCUACAUCGACCAAUCUACCGGAAAGACAAAAGGCCUAACCUCCUUUAUACUUGCUAAUGAGAAAACAUCGAUUCGAGUGUCAAGACGUGUUAACAUAAUUCGAGCUCAGGUCGAAGAUCCUUUAAGAACACAAAGACCAGAUGAAAUAUCGUUGCGUUCGAUUGCGCACGAAGGGAAAAAAAAAAAUCGACAACAAUCUAAGAAAUUAUGGUAUUACCAUGCUCUCAUGGCCAAACGACAAAUUAGGGACAUAACAACUACGAGAAGAAAAGGGAAACUCGAAGCCAGGGUUACAUCCCAGACCACACUCUUGAGUUACGAGCACGAAUAUAGAAUUCACCAAUCGAUGUGUUGUUUCGAUAUUCUUACUUUCCACAAUUGGCAAAUGGCUGGACCCCAACCAUCAGAGUUCAAACAAUGA